GUGGAAUGCUGAUGAUGAUAGAGGGUGAGGGUGUGUGAGGGUGAUUACCUAAUACAGUUUGUAGAAAUCGAGUCUUUGAUGACGCACUCCUGAGUCCUCGAAGUUUUUGGUCGAGACUUUCAAAGUUUUUGAUUUUUAAAGUCAAGCUUUCUAUUCCAGAACGAAUCACUCACCUCAACUUCAGUUCAAUCCAUUUGUUCUCAAUCUUCAGAAAUAUCCUAUAUAUCGCUACAUAUCUCCUUAUGAUCAUUUGACUCGAACUUUUGAACUAGUGAUAUUCAAAAUCACUCUUUGUAGUUGUGCUUGUACUACAUAGCUAUGCCUGGCUCAUCGGUUCGGCAAGAACGCCAACAAUCCUCCUGGUUUGACUCUAUCGAUCCAUUUCAUCAUAUAUCGGCUUAUCUUACCUCCAUUUCAAAGGACUUUCAUGAUUUCUUUCAAGCGCUUUUCAUGCCUUUCUUUAACCUACUCAAUGUAUUCGACGUGCGCCCUCAGCUCAGAUCGUUUUAUAGCCUCGCUGGCCAAUUCGUCUCCUCGCCAACCACUCACCGCUCUCUACUGGGCUCUCUCCUAUUGAGCUUCAUAUUUUGCUCCAGUAUCUUGAUCUCUGUCAUUGCCUACGUGUCAUUCUAUUGGGCCUAUGUCCCUCAAAUCGGUCUGAGUAUCCCGCUGUGGCUUCAAUAUGGUGAAGGCAGAGUACCAUACGCUACGGCGGACCUCUCAAACCUUGCUCAUCCAAUUGCCAUCGAUCAGGCAUACGAUGUCAGUCUUCGUUUGACUGUUCCUGUUAAUGAUCGGAAUAUUGAACUUGGUAAUUUCAUGGUCCGCCUCACGCUUAAAACUGCACCCCCACAGAACGUCAUCCUUCAUCGUAUCUCUCGACAUUCUUCUUUGAUUCAUCAACCUCAAUUGGCGAGAACCUUGGACACAAUCAAGUAUCUUCGAACACUUUUUUUCUUGUCCGCUCCUCGACUCGUUCAGCAUCUCGACAUCAAGCUUUUCUCCCAAAAGGUUAUCAAUCCAAGUUCUCUUUCCAAAAAAGGAGGUUUGGCUCUCGCCGAGAUUCAAGUUGGUAGAGAUGAUGCAUAUGGUUCUACCAUCUCCUUGGCCCAUGCAAAAGGGUGGGGUGAACUUCAUAUCUAUGACGCGAUCUUGGUAUUCGAGGCUCACCUUGACGGAUUAAGGGCAUUGAUGUAUUAUCAUCCUUACCUUUCUUUUUUCGUUUUCUGUACACUUUUCAUGAUCGCCGAGUUCACGAGUGUAUUGUGCACAUGGGGUUUGGUGGCCGUACGAAAAUCUCAAACAAAACAACCGGAUGGAGUGUUUAUCAAGAAAGAAGAGUCCAGCGAUUCCAUGUUAACUUCUACCACCUCAUCCCCUCUACUCCAAGGACUCGAUGACUUCAGUGAUGUCGACAAUCAGCCCAUAUCGACCGGUAGACGUGGUAUGAGUGACAUUGAUGAGCUGCCAGCCCCAGAUGAAGAGCACCGCGCAGUUGAUGACGAGGAGGAUCGAAAACCUGAGCUUGGAAUCAGCGCACUGGCUGAAAUGAUCAAACCUGAGCUUCCAGAUGACGAUGAAUUAGUGGGUGGUAGCGAAACGACUGGCUCUAGUGCAGCCAGGAGUUUCGGUAGCGGGUUGUCUCGUAGUAGCUUGGGUCAAACCGCUUCAUCGUAUACAUCUUAGUCCUUGUGUGCGAUUCUCAGCUCAUACUUGCAAAAAUGUGCCACCCUACACAUUUCCCAAGAAUGUUAUCUGAUUUACCCUUUAGACUUGAGGGUCUGUGUAUGCUACAUUUAAAAACAUAAAGCUCUUUUGUACUGUUUUUAUUCUUCUUUUACAAAUUUCUUUGGUCCUGCUGAUUCUUGAUGAGUUUCUAAACAUUGUCAUUAAUCAGAAGACAUCUUGACUUGUUGU